GACGGGGGCCGAACGCAUGUGUAGUGAGGUGUUCCCUGGGGCGAUGAGGGCGGAAUUUGGAGACCCGUGUGGGGAAAGGUAAAUGUGUGCUCUGUUGUAGGGUAGCAGUGGGACACGGACCCUCAGAUUCUUGGCACAGAGCAAGCCUGGGCAGAAAGGGCAGGCACAUUCGGCUAGGGAGUGUUAAAGCCCUCUCUAUUCCCGAGCUCUGCCCCCCAGGAUGGUGGUGCCUUCGCUGAAGCUUCAGGAUCUAAUCGAGGAGAUUCGUGGGGCCAAGACGCAGGCCCAGGAGCGGGAGGUGAUCCAGAAGGAGUGCGCCCACAUCCGCGCCUCCUUUCGGGAUGGGGACCCCCUGCACAGGCACCGCCAGCUGGCCAAACUGCUCUACGUCCACAUGUUGGGCUACCCUGCCCACUUUGGACAGAUGGAGUGCCUGAAACUGAUCGCCUCCCCCAGAUUCUCAGACAAGAGAAUGGGCUACCUGGGGGCCAUGCUUCUACUGGAUGAGAGGCAGGAUGCCCACCUGCUCAUUACCAACAGCAUCAAGAAUGACCUGAGCCAGGGGAGUCAGCCAGUACAAGGUCUGGCCCUGUGCACUCUGAGCACCGUGGGCUCCGCUGAGAUGUGCCGGGACCUAGCCACAGAGGUUGAGAAACUGCUCCUGCAGCCCAGCCCCUACGUGCGCAAGAAGGCUGUUCUGACUGCGGUGCACAUGAUUCGGAAGGUCCCUGAGCUGUCCAACAUCUUCCUCCCACCCUGUGCCCAACUACUUCAAGAGCGCCACCAUGGCAUCCUGCUGGGCACCAUCACGCUGAUCACAGAGCUCUGCGAAGGAAGCCCUGCAGCCCUCAGGCACUUUCGAAAGGUGGUACCCCAGCUGGUAGAGAUCCUUCGGACUCUGGUGACAUCGGGAUACUCUGCAGAACACAGCAUAUCUGGAGUCAGUGACCCCUUCCUGCAGGACCCCCAGGGACCUGUGGAGCUGAAAGGGAGGGGCAAGGAGGCUCUAGGGAGCCAACCAGACCCCUCACGAUGCUCUCCUCAACGUUGGAUUUUUCUCCUCAGCCCCAUGACUCCUUACCCUAUGAGCUCCUCCAUCUUUCAACCUUUAACCCAACCUCAGGUCCAGAUACUUCGUCUGCUUCGGAUUCUGGGCCGGAACCACGAAGACAGUAGUGAGACCAUGAAUGACUUGUUGGCCCAGGUGGCCACUAACACAGAAACCAGCCGAAAUGCGGGUAACGCGGUCCUGUUGGAGACAGUGCUCACCAUCAUGGACAUACGCUCUGCAGCUGGUCUACGGGUUCUAGCCGUCAAUAUUCUUGGCCGCUUCCUACUCAACAGUGACAAGAACAUUAGGUACGUAGCCCUGACGUCGUUGCUGCGGCUGGUGCAGUCUGAUCACAGUGCUGUGCAGCGGCACCGGUCCACUGUGGUGGAAUGUCUGCAGGAACCUGACACCUCCCUCAGCCGGCGGGCCCUGGAAUUGAGCCUGGCUCUGGUGAACAGCUCCAAUGUGCGAUCCAUGACACGGGAGCUCCAGGGCUUUCUGGAGUCCUGUCCCCCUGAUCUACGGGCUGACUGUGCGUCAGGCAUCCUAUUAGCAGCAGAGAGGUUUGCCCCAACCAAGCGGUGGCACAUAGACACUAUCCUGCACGUGCUGACUACGGCAGGCACCCAUGUGCGGGAUGAUGCAGUAGCCAACCUGACCCAGCUGAUUGGGGGAGCCCAGGAGCUACACGCCUAUUCUGUCUGCCGCCUCUACAGCGCCCUGGCAGAGGACAUCUCCCAGCAACCACUGGUACAGGUAGCUGCCUGGUGCAUCGGGGAGUACGGGGACCUUCUGUUGGAGGGGAGCUGUGAAGAAACUGAGCCUCUUCAGGUGGAGGAAGAAGAGGUGUUGGUGCUGCUCGAAAAGGUGCUGCAGUCCCAUAUGUCCCUGCCAGCCACCCGAGGAUAUGCCCUCACAGCCCUCAUGAAGCUCAGCACCCGGCUCCGUGGGGACAACAACCGCAUCCGGCAGGUGGUAUCCAUCUACGGGAGCUGUCUAGAUGUGGAACUGCAGCAGCGGGCUGUGGAGUAUAACACACUUUUCCGGAAGUACGACCACAUGAGGGCUGCCAUCCUUGAAAAGAUGCCUCUCAUGGAGCGAGGUGGCCCUCAGGUUGAUGAGGAGGCAGAGGAAAGCAAAGAAGCCAGGCUUUCAGAAGCAGCCCCUGUCCCCACAGAGCCCCAGGCUUCAAAGCUCUUGGAUCUGUUAGAUCUCCUGGAUGGCACUUCUGGGGACUCCCAGCAUCCUCCUCUAGAUCCCUCCCCAGGAGGUACCUUAGUACACCUCCUUGACCUGCCCUGUGCUCCUCCAGCCCUGGCUCCCAUCCCAAAUGUCAAAGUGUUUGAGCGUGAGGGACUACAGCUGAAUCUGUCUUUUGCUCGACCCUCUGAAAUCCCUGCUUUGCUUUUAAUCACUGCCACUGCCACCAACUCCUCAGGGAGUGAUGUCACCCACUUUGUCUGCCAGGCCGCUGUACCCAAGAGUAUCCAGCUGCAGCUCCAGGCCCCUAGUGGGGACACAGUUCCAGCUCAGGGCGGCCUUCCCAUCACGCAGCUCCUCAGAAUCCUCAAUCCCAACAAGGCCCCCUUGCGGCUAAAAUUGCGCCUUACCUACAACCACUUCGGGCAGUCGGUGCAGGAGAUCUUUGAGGUGAACAACUUGCCCCUGGAGACAUGGCAGUAACAGGCUCUGCCUCCAACCACAGCCUCAAAU